UCGCACAGAAAAUUUUCAGCACCCCGUCAUGGGUCUAUGGGAUUCUAUCCCAAAAAGAGGUCCCGUCGUCAUCGUGGUAAGGUCAAGGCGUUCCCGAAAGACGACCCUAGCAAACCUGUUCAUUUGACUGCUUUUAUCGGUUAUAAGGCCGGUAUGACCCACGUGGUUAGAGAACCUGACCGUCCCGGUUCAAAAAUCAACAAGAAAGAGAUCGUGGAGGCUGUCACCAUCAUCGAGACUCCUCCGAUGGUUUGUGUCGGUGUUGUUGGAUACAUUGAGACCCCUCAUGGACUACGCGCUCUGUUGACUGUCUGGGCGGAGCAUAUGUCUGAAGACUGUCGACGUCGCUUCUACAAAAACUGGUACAAAUGCAAGAAGAAGGCUUUCACUAAAGCCAGUAAGAAAUGGCAGGAUGAGCUUGGACGCAAAUCAAUAGAAAAAGAUUUCAAGAAGAUGAUCCGCUACUGUAGUGUUGUAAGAGUCAUUGCCCACACUCAAAUGAAGCUGUUAAAACAGCGACAAAAGAAGGCUCACAUUAUGGAAAUCCAACUUAACGGUGGUACCAUCGAGGACAAAGUGAAAUGGGCCAGAGAACAUCUGGAGAAACCUAUCCCUGUCGAUUCUGUGUUUGCCCAAGAUGAAAUGAUUGACUGCAUUGGUGUCACCAAGGGCAAAGGAUACAAAGGUGUCACUUCUCGUUGGCACACAAAGAAGCUACCCCGUAAGACACACAAGGGUCUUAGGAAAGUUGCCUGCAUUGGAGCUUGGCAUCCUUCUAGGGUGUCGUUCACUGUAGCUCGUGCUGGUCAGAAAGGUUAUCAUCACCGUACUGAAAUGAACAAGAAAAUCUAUCGUAUUGGACAAGGAAUCCACAAAAAGGAUGGCAAAGUUAUUAAAAACAAUGCAUCUACUGAGUAUGACCUGUCUGAGAAAUCCAUUACACCGAUGGGAGGUUUCCCCCAUUAUGGUGAAGUAAACAACGACUUUGUGAUGAUCAAGGGUUGCUGCAUGGGACCUAAAAAGCGUAUCAUUACUCUUAGAAAGUCUCUGCGUGUGCAUACAAAGAGGGCUGCACUAGAAAAGAUCAACCUCAAAUUCAUUGACACCUCGUCCAAGUUCGGUCAUGGUCGAUUCCAAACGCCGGCUGACAAGGCUGCAUUCAUGGGUACACUCAAGAAGGAUCGUAUUCGCGAAGAAGCUGCGGCUACCACAACCCCAGCGGCUGCUGCGCAGCCUUAAGUGUCGUCCGUGAAAAUAAACAUUUGACAAUGCAAAA